AGACACUUUCAGUCGAAAUUUUGAAUAACAGCGGAUCGGAGGGAGUAAGCGUAAGCGUGAGUAAUGUGUAGAGUUGCGGCAGUGUAUAGGGCAAAAUUUCUCGAAAAUAAAGGUGAGGCUGAUUGCUUCUGGAGUCGACUUUAAAACCCGAGUUAAAUUAUCAAUUCCGCCGUAAAAUAAAGGGGAAAAAUGUCUAAAAAGCCAGUAACACAGCCUGCUCUACAUAAGGUGAUUAUGGUAGGGAGCGGUGGUGUAGGAAAGUCGGCACUGACUCUACAGUUCAUGUAUGACGAAUUUGUCGAAGAUUAUGAACCUACCAAAGCCGAUUCAUAUCGAAAGAAGAUCUUACUUGACGGGGAAGAAGUACAAAUUGAUAUAUUAGAUACGGCCGGUCAGGAAGAUUACGCUGCGAUUAGGGAUAACUACUUUAGAAGUGGAGAGGGUUUUUUGUGUAUAUUUUCUAUAACGGAAGAUGAAAGUUUUCAAGCAACCCAAGAUUUCAGGGAACAAAUUUUGAGAGUAAAAAAUGAUGAAAACAUUCCAUUUUUAUUAGUCGGUAAUAAAUGUGAUCUCGAAGAACGUAGAAAAGUAACUUACCAAGAAGCCAGCGAUCGAGCCAAGCAGUGGGGAGUGACAUACGUCGAAACUUCUGCGAAAACCAGGGAACAUGUUGACAAAGUAUUUUUCGAUUUAAUGAGGGAAAUUCGCGCUCGAAAGAUGGAAGAGAACAAAACCAACAACGGCAGGGGAAAGGAUAAAAAUAAGCGGAAGAAAAUAAAAUGUGUAAUUCUGUAGUUAAGUGCUAAAUCAAUUUUCCUUUUUGCUUUAAAUAAGUUAAACAAAAAUUAUGUCAAUGGGAAACAAUAGUGCUUGAUGUAUAACCCUGUGAGGCACGAUUGUUCAUGAUGUCCACCAAUGUAUGAUCGGGACAGCUUAUAUUUUCAUAAAUGUUUUAUCUUUUAUUUGUAAAUGUCGAAAUUGUACUUUCCUCAAAAGUGCUUAAACCGUUUUACAAAAAA